ACUGCAGCGGCCGUGCCUUUGUGUGGAUACAGGUGUGGUUGGGACAACACUCUCCGCUCUCGCCGAAACUCAAAGUCCCAGGGCUUAGACGAUGUCAGGGGUCAGGAGGGGUCAGAGACCAGCCUGCCGGUCUGAAGCUCCCUUCUUUCUGCUGCCACCCCAAAACUCGGCAGUCCACCAAGGAGAUACAGCGACGUUCUAUGUGAAGGUGAAAGGAGACCCUGAGCCCACGGUGCUCUGGUACCGAGACGGGGAGCCCGUAUCCGAGGGAGGGUGCUUCCACUUCCAGCGGAUGGGCGAAGGGGUCUAUGUGUUCACGGUCACGGAUGUCAACUCCGAGAGUGCCGGCCGAUACCUCUGCCACAUCACCAACUGCGCUGGCACCGAGCAGACCACCGUCCGGCUGGAGCUCAGGGACCAGCUGAGGCUGCCAGGUGGGAGUCAGAGUAGCCUAAAGCGGGUCCGCAGCUGGGGGGAGAGCCACCCGCGCUUUGUCACCAAGCCCUGCAGCCAGACCGUGAGGGCGGGCGAGACUGUCAGCUUCCGGACCAGGGUCACCGGGCGGCCUGCGCCCCAGGUCACCUGGCUCAAGGACUCUGUGCCGCUGGAUGCCAGCGCCGCGGCCCAGGAUUUCCACUUGGCUGGGUACUAUGUGCUGGAGCUGCGGAAGGCAAGCAGCAAGGACCAGGGCGUUUACACCUGUGUGCUGACCAACCUGGCCGGGCAGACUAGUGCCAGCGCUCAGCUAACCAUCAGAGAUCCCAGCCCUCCAGCCAGCCCAGCCCUCAACUGUACCAGAAAACAGAUUAACCUGAAGCCCCCAGAAGACAGAGGGAUACCGAGAGCCUUUGGCAAUGGAGCUCCAGCCACGACUGUCUCCAGGAAAGCCCGAGCGGACGGCUCUUCUGCAGCAGAGGACAGAGGCUCUGAUCGUACCCGCUGGGAGGCCCCUGUGUUCACUCAGCCCCUGAAAGACUGCUCUGUGGAUGAGGGCUGUGACAUCAGGCUUAGAGGUGUUAUCACAGGAAGUCAGCCCCUGUGUAUAUCCUGGCUGCACAAUGGCGAGGCUGUGCGUUUCGGGCAUGCCUCUUUCCAGGGCGGAGUGGCACAACUGGAAGUGCAUGACUGUCUGCCCGAGGACGCUGGCGCCUACACCUGCGUGGCAGAGAACAAAAAGGGCAAGACCUCCAGCAGCGCAGCCGUCUGUGUCAGAGAUUUCGAAACCAUCUGCAGGAACAGCAGCCCAAAGAAAUGCCUUCCUGUCCAGAACAGCAUCCCCAAGAAGGAAACAGCUGUGCCCCCCAUGGCUGAAGAAAGCAAUGGGAUCCACAGGCAUGGAAAGCCCUUCUGCACAGAGAGCUGGGGAUCAAGGCAGGGGACAGGUCCAGUCACACCGAAAAGAAAAGCCUUCUCAGGAACAGGUAACUGGCACUGGGGGUUAGACGCGCUGCCCGUGCAGAUCGUGGACUGUCCAGAGCGGGUGGAAGUCCAGGUGGGAGAGCGAGCCGAGCUCCAGUGCGCGUACCGCUGCAGCCCCCCCGUCGCUGCCUGCUGGAUUCACAACAAGCAACAGGUGGCUGAGGGACCUCGGACCCGUGUGGAAACCAGCAAUAAGAGCAGCAGGCUGGUGAUAUCGGAGGCUUGCCCAGAAGACGCGGGCAGCUACACCGUGCUGGUGCGUGACUGCCGAGGCUCCGCCCAUCACAGCCUCGCCCUCACCGUCAUCGAUCGACCCCAGCCCCCGGCGGGCAGGCCUUUCAUCUCCCAGCUCUGCCUGACCUCCCUGGUCCUCUCCUGGUCGGGGCCCUGCUACGACGGGGGCAGUGCAGUCACGGGCUACGUGGUGGAGGUGAAGCAGGUGGGCCCUGGGAAGUGUGGGGGCUGGACUGAGGUGACGGACCGCUGCAAGAGCACCUCCUACAGGGUGCGGUCGGGACUGCAGACUCUGCAGGAGUAUCGCUUCCGGGUGAGGGCCAUCAACGCGGUGGGAAUCAGCCAGCCUUCCCAGGAGUCCGACACGGUGAAAAUGGACAGCGAGGAAGUUUUAGGGGAGCUGCAAGAGGAGGAGGACCCCCAGUCCUACGUACAUGUCACUAUCAACGCCAUCCAGAAUGUCACAGACCAGUACAACAAGCUGGAGAAGCUGGGAGUGGGAAAAUUUGGCCAGGUGUUCAAGAUGAUGCACAAGGAGACAAACCAAGUGUGUGCUGCAAAGUUCUACAAGGCACGCACCUCCAAGGAGAAAGCAGCCGCCCGGAGGGAGAUCGAGUUGAUGAACUGUCUCCACCACCCCAAGCUGGUCCGGUGCCUGGCUGCCUUCGAGAGCCGCAGCGAAAUCGUCAUGGUGAUGGAGUACAUUGCUGGAGGGGAGCUCUUCGAGCACAUCGUGGAUGAUAACUUUGAGCACACUGAGCCCACCAGUGUGCGCUACAUGAAGCAGAUCCUGGAGGGGAUCCAGUACAUGCACCGGCAGAACAUCGUGCACCUGGACCUCAAGCCAGAGAACAUUGUGUGCGUCAACAUCACCGGCACCCUCGUCAAGAUCAUCGACUUCGGUCUUGCUGACAAGCUGGAUCCUAAAACUCCAUUAAAGGUGAUGCAUGGCACGCCGGAGUUCGUGGCUCCAGAGGUGAUCAGCUUUGAGCCAGUGGCUCUGGCAACAGACAUGUGGAGCAUCGGGGUCAUCUGCUACAUCCUACUGAGUGGUGAGUCUCCAUUCCAGGGGAACACUGAUGCAGAAACACUGGCCCUGGUGACGGCAGCAGCGUGGGAGUUUGAUGAGGAGAGUUUUGAUGAAAUCACAGACCUGGCCAAAGAUUUCAUCAGCAGGCUUCUCAAGAAAGACAUGAGGCGCCGGAUGUCCUGUGAACAGGCUCUGGCCCACCCUUGGAUGGCCGCGUUCACUUCAGUAGACCCCCGCUCCACCAAGAGCCUCUCCAAGGAGAAGAUGAAGAAGUUCCUGGCCAAGCAGAAGUGGAAGAAAACAGGAAAGGCUCUGUUGGCCCUGAAGAGGAUGACGCAUCUCUCCAGCAAGGCAGACAGCCCCGAGUCCCCCAGCAGUCCUCCUGACCGAGAAAAAGUGGCCCUGAGCCCAGAGGAGGAGCUGGCCCUGCUGUCCUUGAAAGAGAACUUGCGCUGUGAGCCCCAGUUUGCCACUCCACUGAGGGAUGUCGCUGAGCCUCGGGGUUCGACAGCCCAUCUGAGCUGCAAUAUCAUAGGGUAUCCUGACCCAGAAGUGUUGUGGCAUCAUGACGAGGAUCCAAUUAAAGAAACAUUGCGUGUCCAGAUUAAUUACACGGAGAACGGACAGUGCUCCCUUAUCAUAUCUAAUGUCCAGCCAGAGGACUCGGGGGUUUAUUCCUGCAAAGCUACUAACAGCCUGGGGACAGCACAGUCUUCAGCAACACUGACCAUCUCCUAGAGGGGCUUCAGGAGGGGCAGAUGGGAGAGAGUCCAGGCUGUUGAAGGGAAGGACACUUCAAGAGGGGCCAGAGUGCAGUGAACAAGCACCCACUCGACCAUAUUUUAGAAGUAAGCAGUGAGGCUCCAAGCACUAUAGUGCUGUUGUAGCCCACUCUACAGCUCUUGAAAUACUGCGCCCUGGUACUUUCUUGACUUUCUUUCCAUGGUUAAUGUUCAGAUAACGUCUCUUGCUAGUUAAAGGUUGAGAUUCAUCCUGCAGUGUUUUCCUGAACGUCUCUCCUGUUCUACGUUUUUUGGCUUGGGGAGUGCACGUGGUCAUUUACUUUUGACCUCUUUCACAAGAACGUAAAAAACAAAGACUUUGACUUUUCUGUUCCCUGUGGGUGCCUACUCAUGGUUAUAUUAAGGGAAGUCUGGCUUAAUACUGAGCUCAAUACCCUCUACCCCACAGCCAUCACCUCCCUCUCAAAACUUGGACACUUUAACUAAAGCUGUACUCAAAGCUUCGCUGCAAUGCAUUUUUAGUAACCAGUAGUACCAAUAUAUACAUAGCACAUGGCCACAAUUCUUAAGACACAAACCAAAGAGUUCUUUAAAGACAAGGGCAUUUUAAAAAGUUUGUUGUGUUUUAUUGGAUUAAAUUUCAUAAAGAAACAUGGCUGACAGAAUAUGGAGGUUUCCCAAAGACCAGGAACACUUUCCAAAGUGUGGUCUUGGCAAUACUGCAUGAAAAGCUUUCUUAUUGUGCAUUUAAAUGUAACAUCCCACUUGGAUACUGCUUGACCCUGAACGGUUGUAUGAUAUUGUACCUUUAAGCUUUGUUUACAAAUAGCAAAACAAAUGUACUAUGCAUCCUUAGCUGAUGGAAUAUUUUACACUGGUGGUAAUUGUUCAGAAUAUUUAGAUGUCCAAUAAAAAUAUUCUGAAAUGAAAUUUGUAACAAUUGGGUCCUAUUUACAAAAUGCAUUCUCAGCCAAAUUUUAAAAUGCUAUGGAAUCAUGAAUUACUUUACCUUGCUAACUUAUGUAUUCUCCAGUACACCUGUUAAUCUCACAAAAUGUAUUCCUUGUUUCCACUGGUUAAUAGAUAGCAUUUAAAAUCGAAACAAAAACUUAAUACAAACCCCCCCACAUCCUUUUCAGUACCUGGUUAGGGGUGGUGAUGUGUCAAGCCCUUCCCUUAUACCAAGACUACUAGUGGAUUUAUUGCUGUCCUGUAAAUAAAGCCCCUGGUUUAAGGUGA